CACGCGGCCUACUCCUCCUCAGGGGGGCUAUGGUGGGCUGAGGUUGCUAUGGAGACCCACAUCUCGUGUCUGUUCCCGGAGCUGCUGGCCAUGAUUUUCAGUUACCUGGACGUGCGGGACAAGGGUCGGGCGGCUCAGGUUUGCGCUGCGUGGCGGGACGCGGCCUAUCACAAGUCAGUGUGGCGGGGGACCGAGGCCAAACUGCAUCUCCGCCGCGCUAACCCGUCGCUCUUCCCCAGCCUGCAGGCCCGAGGCAUCCGUAAAGUGCAGAUCCUGAGCCUCCGGCGCAGCCUGAGUUACGUCAUCCAGGGCCUCCCCAACAUCGAGAGCCUGAACCUGAGCGGCUGCUACAACCUCACCGACAACGGCCUGGGCCACGCCUUCGUGCAGGAGAUCGGCUCGCUGCGGACGCUCAAUCUGAGUCUGUGCAAACAAGUGACGGACAGCAGCCUGGGCCGCAUCGCUCAGUAUCUGAAGGGGCUGCAAGUGCUCGAGCUGGGGGGCUGCACCAACAUCACCAACACCGGCCUCCUGCUCAUCGCCUGGGGGCUGCACGGACUCAAGAGCCUCAAUCUCCGCAGCUGUCGCCACGUGUCGGACGUCGGGAUCGGUCACCUGGCCGGGAUGACCCGCAGCGCCGCGGAAGGUUGUCUGAGCCUGGAGCAACUCACCCUGCAGGACUGCCAGAAACUCACCGACCUGGCCCUCAAGCACAUCUCCAGGGGGCUGCAGGGACUGCGAGUUCUCAACCUCAGCUUCUGCGGGGGCAUCUCAGACGCGGGGCUGCUGCAUCUGUCGCACAUGGGAGGACUGAGAAGCCUUAACCUGCGCAGCUGCGACAACAUCAGCGACACGGGCAUCAUGCAUCUAGCCAUGGGCUCCCUGCGACUCUCUGGACUGGACGUCUCCUUCUGCGACAAAGUGGGAGAUCAGAGCCUGGCCUAUAUCGCCCAGGGCUUGUAUGGACUCAAAUCGCUGUCUUUAUGCUCGUGUCACAUCAGCGACGACGGUAUCAAUCGCAUGGUGCGACAGAUGCACGGCCUGAGGACCCUCAACAUCGGCCAGUGCGUCCGCAUCACCGACAAAGGACUGGAGCUUAUAGCCGAGCAUCUGAGCCAACUGACUGGCAUUGACUUGUAUGGCUGCACCCGCAUCACCAAGAAGGGGCUGGAGAGGAUCACACAGCUCCCCUGUCUUAAAGUGCUUAAUUUAGGGCUCUGGCAGAUGACGGAGAGUGAGAAAGUCAGGUGAGGGCCCGCUAUGUGGUCCUCCUCUUCCAGGGAUGAGGGACUCUUGUGACUGAUACAUCAUACUGCCUGCUGGGGCCCCCCUAAUGAAGUGCUGCCAGGGCCACAGGGUCUGGGGAUGUGGUGUAUUGAAAAAAAAAAA